AUGAACUCGUCGUCAGGAUCGGCGGUCGCGCCCGCCGCGCGGAACAUGGCGCUCGGCGCCAUACUCGUCACGUCGACCAUCUUCGCGCUGGCCGUAAUCUUCGGCCUCGUGAUCUACUUCAUCCAGUACUGCAUCAACAGCAGCGUCCGCAUGUUGCCGAGCGGCGGCAGCGUGUUGGCGGCUUCGAGGGCCAGGGACAAGGGCGUCGACCCUGAGCUGCUGCGGUCCCUGCCGACCAAGGUCUACCGCGCGGCGGCACAGAAGGGCUCCGACGCGGAGGACCGAGUGGAGUGCGCGGUGUGCCUCUCCGAGCUCCAGGACGGGGUGGUGGCGAGGUUCUUGCCCCCGUGCGGCCACGGGUUCCACGCCCAGUGCGUCGAUAAGUGGCUGGCAUCCCACUCCACCUGCCCGCUCUGCCGGGUCACCGUCGCCAAGCCCGGCGCGUCGCUACAGGCGCUUAAAGCAGCGACGGGCCUUCCGCCUGUACCGCCGGAGACAGCUAACUACGCCGCGAACCUGCCGGCCAGUGUGCUGCUCGGGGUUUCUGACCAGGCCACGCUCGGCGCGGUGACCGUGACCUCUCACGGAAGCCGCCCGAGACCGGCAGCCCUGGUGAUCGACAUUCCGGACUCGAGGACGGUGGCGACACCACGCGACGCGGCCAAGACACCUGGAUCGGCGAGGCUGAGUUCCCUCAAGAGACUCUGGAGCUUCGGGAGGCAAGGGCCGUCGGGGUCGACUCCGUCUUAUUCUUGGGGCAGGGGCAGCGGCAGUGGAACAGCAGACGCUGACCGGGGGGGUAUCGGCAACGCCUGUGCAACCCCGAUGGCUCCGGUGUAG